AUGGCAGAAUUCUCAACCCGAUACGGUGAUGGCCCGUCUCUAAAAAUCCCAUAUGAGAGUCAUGUUGGUGCUUUCCUGAAGCAGAAGUACCAGAUUGUGUCCUUGCAAUGGGAAGAAGGAGACUUGAUGAUUUAUCUUGUGACCUCGCUUGGCGGCAAGCAGUAUGAGGCACAGGCAUUCCGAAUUUGCGAGCUUCCUGAUAAAAAGUACCAGGCCCGCAAAAGACGUCUCAGAAGGCUGGAACAGUGUUGCGAGGACAAGUUUGUGCAGAGUGAAAUGAGAAUUGUAGUGCGUGAGAUCCCGGGCGAUGGUAUUGAGCGACACCGCGCCGCUCACCUGAGCAAGCGCAGGAUUCCUGAGAAGAGUGACCCUUGCCAGCCAGAAUUCCCUGGACUCAUCACUUCAAAAGAUCCCGUUAUGGGCCGGCGAAAUCCUUCCGAUGGCCGACCGACAUAUGCUCAAGCCGCAUCAUACAGCAGAACACAGCCAAGCUGUCCUAUUGAAUACCUUUCUAAGACCCCACAUCAGAGCUUGAUUCAUGGCCUAUGA